AACCUAGGCCAAGGUCAAAGUUUAUUAAGACAUCACCGAUCAUAUCUCGUUCUUUUUAGUGAGAAGUUGAUAUAAAAUGAACUCAAUUUUUCGAUUAUCUCCUCUCCUGAGGCAGUCUUUACCACGCUUGUCAUUAUUUAGAUAUUUAUCGGCCAAUGCAGGUUCAAAAGAAAACAUAGAAUCGUUAAUAAAAGACGACAAAGUGGUGGUUUUUAUGAAGGGACACCAAGAAGAACCGAUGUGUGGGUUUAGCAAUGCAGUGGUACAGAUACUACGAAUGCACAAUGUUAAAUUUAGUAGUCAUAAUGUUUUGGAUGAUGAUGAUUUACGGCAAGGAAUCAAGGAAUACUCUGAGUGGCCCACAAUCCCACAGGUGUUCAUGGACGGGGAGUUUGUCGGAGGAUGUGACAUCAUGCUUCAAAUGCAUCAAAGUGGAGAUUUAAUAGAAGAACUGAAGAAGAUUGGUAUUAGAUCGGCUUUACUUGACCAAGAAAAUGAUGCCAAGAAAUAGCACGAAAUGAAGAAUAGUUAACAAUAGACUUCUUUCAGACCAGAUGUCAGGAUUAUUCAACAAAGUUAUCAGCAAUUUGAAUUUGACAACUUGACUAUUCUUCAAUUGAAUAUUUUAUACAGAAACACCUUUAAAAAAGUUCAUAAUGGGCAUUAGGGGGCUUUCAAUUCGUUCGACGAAGCAACGCUAGAACGGAAUCACAAAUGUGUGACCGUCCUAUCAGGGUCCUACGUUCUCUACGUACGUAGAUUUGGCCAAAUUGCGUCCUAGAAUCCACACAACGAGAACCUAACGUUCUCACAUGCGCAGAUGACUUAGUGACGUCAUUACGUUCUACGUCCUACCGUCAUCGUGCAAUCGAAUGCUUCCUGUUAACAGGCCGGUAUUACGUUAAUGCUCUGUCCACACUAUCAUAUUUUCUUAGACAAAAAAUUGUUGUAUGCCCAUAUAUAGUCAUGAUGUGCCUAUAUAUGGUCAUGAUGUGAUGUCAUCAUGACCAUAUUUAGGCAUAUGUCACUUGUUUUUGUCAAAUGAACUUCGAUAGUCUAGACUGGGCUUUAAACUUUUUUGUUGGUUUGAUGUUUGAGUUUACAAAUAAAAAAUAAAUAUAUAUAUAUAUAUAAACACUAUAUAUAUAAAAACAAAAAAAAAACCCUAAGAAAUAUAUUAUCAGAUGAAAGUAACAAAUCAAAACACUGUAUGGUCAUGCUGUACCAAUCAAGUUGCAGAAUCUUCAAAAUGCUGAAGGCAGCAACUUAAUGAUGAAGAAUUAAAAAAAAUGGUGCACCCACAAGCUUUAUUAUUACUGAUAGGCCUAUUCAAUGUUUUUAUAAUUGGUAUACAGUAUUUAAAUUAUAGUGAUUUGGUUAUGCAAAAAGAAUGUUUACCGUUAUAUAGUUCUUGUGUAGAAUAGUGGGAAAUAAUGUUAUAUGAAAUAUCUGCUGUCAAUUGUCACAAAAACUAUGUUGAAAUACUAUAAUUAAUCAUACACCUUUAUUAUAGUUAGAUUAUUACUGUAUAGGCUUAUUCCAAUGUUGUUUUAUAUUAGUAUUUUUAUAUUUACAGAAUAAUCAUUUUGUAAUGUAAACAGAAUGUUUAAAAUUGUUUUGAAGUUGUGGGUAAUAAAUUCUAAAUAGAAAUUCUA